UUUAGUUGUUUUAUCACAUCUUUUAGAAUUGUGUAGAUGGUCAUACUAAAGUACAAAUUCAUUUGUCAAAUGAUUGUUCAUGAUGAGAAUGAAGAACCCAAUUUCCUUUUAUUGUUAUUUCCUUCAUUAAAUAUUUACAGUAUUUCAUAUAGAUUAUUCAAACUAAUACCAACAUCUCAUUGCAUCCAACCCAAAUUGCUUAUAAUUAUUGCUAAUCAAGAAUUGCGCCAAGCUCACAAAUUAAUUAACAGAUAAUUUAAGAAAAAUGAAAUUUAAAGAAUUUUGACUAUAAAUCCUUAGUUGUUUAUAUGUGAGCCCAAAUAUGAUUGUAAAGGAAAAUUGGUGCCAUAAUGUAGAAGAGAGAAGAGAGUAGAGAGUAGUGUUUGUAUAUCAUCCACAAGUUUACAAGCAUUCUUACAAUCAUUUUAUAGAUCUCUCUUUGUAAAGCCAUGGAAGGAGUGUCUUCAGCUGCCAUCGAAGUUCUUAUCCAAAACCUGAUCAACCUUUUCAAGGACGAGUACUCUCUAUUUCGGGGUCUCGGUGAAGAUGCCCAGCAGCUGCAGAGGACUCUGGGGAUGAUUCAAGCCUACAUGAAAGACGCUGAGAAGAAAUCCAUCACCCAAGAUUCUGUCAGGAUCUGGUUGAGGGAGCUUGAAGCCGUGGCUUUCGAUGCUGACAAUGUCUUGGACGAACUCAACUAUCAACUUCUCCACAAAAAAGUAAAGAAAAUGAGGACAUUUAAAGCCAAGGAUAAGGUUCUAUCAUGUUUCUCAUCCUUUAAUGGCAUUUUGCAUUGGCGUGAUGUGGUUCACACAAUCAAACAAAUCAAUGCUACUUUUGAGUGUAUGAACAAAAGGGCAACAGAGCUUGGCCUUCAAAGCAUAGUUGCGAGUGCACCUGCGGCUGUUGCUCAUACUUCCAUUGAGACGGAUUCGUUCAGUCUUGAUCCAAUCUUUGUUGGAAGAGAUGAUGAUGUGCCUAAACUAGUUGACGUGCUCACCCACAUCCAGGAUAAUCGGAUCUUUUCCAUGGUUGUUGUGGUCGGAAUGGGGGGUAUGGGGAAAACUACCUUGACUAGGAAAGUCUUUAAUCAUGAAAGCUUAAAGUCUCGAUUCGGAUCACUUAUUUGGGUUCAUGUUUCUCAAACAUUUGAUCCCAUUAUUCUUUUCAAAAAAAUCCUUUCAGCAUUAACUUCAAAUAUUGGUGAUGGAGUUGAGAGCAGGGAACUUAUCUUGAAAAGGCUUCAAGAAGUUCUCAAGUCUAAUACUUAUCUUCUUGUUCUUGAUGAUGUAUGGAAUGAAGAUAUUUCAAAAUGGGAAGACUUUACAAACUCCAUAAUGGGAGUUACUUCAACGAACGGAAAUGGCAUUAUCAUUACAACCAGGAGUGAAAAAGCUGCUUCUAUUGUUAACCCAUUUCAUAUUCAUCAUUUGAGUAACUUAUCAAAUGAAGACUGUUGGUCAAUAAUCAAAGCCAAAACUUUUGAUGAAAAUGGAGAAGUGCCAUCAGGAUUCGAGAUGAUUGGAAGGAAGAUUGCUAAAAGAUGUCAGGGUUUGCCCUUAGCUGCCAAUGUAGUUGGAGGAGUGCUUCGCGGAAAGUCCGUAGAAGAAUGGUGCCUCAUCAAUGAAAAUUGGCUUUCAAAUGUUGAAGAAGGUGAAAUUAUCUCAAAAAUAUUGAAAUUGAGCUUUGAUCACCUCUCUUCACCAUCGCUCAAGAAGUGCUUCACGUUUUGUUCGGUUUUCCCCAAAGGGUGGGAAAUCAAGAAGCAGGAGUUGAUUGAACUAUGGAUGGCGGAAGGGUUUCUUCAACCAAGUCGAAGAGAUGACAUGGAGUCUGUGGGCAACAUGUUAUUUAAUAUGCUUCUUCAAAAUUCUUUGUUGCAAGUUGCUAAGAAAGAUGAUUAUGGAAAUAUUUUGGAGUGUGUGAUGCAUGAUCUUGUGCAUGAUCUUGCAUCUUUUGUCUUAACCAAUAAUGCUGACGACAUUACUCCAGUUCAAUACAUGUUUCUCAACGAAGAAUUAAGUCCUAUUUCAAAAAGAGUGGCCAAGCAUUUGCGUACAUUAUUCUUGGAAGGUGGAACUUUUGGUACUAUAUUCUCAGACUUUGAAUGUUUGCAUAAUCUAACUCUUUCUGGUGAUUAUAAAGAGCUGCCCAAUUCAAUCAGGAAGUUGGUAAAUUUGAGGAAUUUGAAUAUUUCAAAUACAAAAAUUGUAAACUCGCCGAAGUGGAUUGGUGAACUCCAUCACUUGCAAACAUUAAGAGCAUGCUGGAACUUAGAGAAACUGCCAAGUACAUUGAAGUACAUGUUUAACUUAAGGCAUCUUCAUAUCGGUCCUAAUACAAAGUUGGCAGCGGAGAUUGGGAGAUUAACUAGUCUCCAAACACUGCCUUACUUUACAGUAGGCAAAGAGAAGGGCUACCAAAUUGGAGAGCUAGGAAGUUUGAAGAAUCUAAAAGGAACACUAGAGAUUCGUAACCUGGAGAUGGUGCGUGAUAGGGAAGAGGCUCUGAAAGCAAAUAUAUUUCAGAAACCAAAGUUAUUUGAUUUGGUGUUUGUAUGGAGUGAUGAUAGAGAAGAUGAAAGAAAUGAUGAGAGUGUGUUGGAAGGCCUCCAACCUCAUUCAAAUCUGAAAAAGUUGGAGAUUCAAGGAUUCAAAGGCAUAAGGUUUCCAACGUGGGCUGAGAAGAUGGCAGUACGUGAUGGGCCUCAAGGAUCUUGGGUACCACUUGAUAACUUGAUUGAGUUAAAACUCUUUGGGUGCUCAGAAAUUGAGGAAAUCCCAACACUGGAGCACUUGCCUAAUCUCAAGUCUCUUUCUUUGAAAGAACUGAAGAAGGUGAAGUUGAUAAAUGUUUCUUUAAAUCAUUUAACAUCACUCGAAAUAAAUGAUUUAGAGACACUGGAAUGUCUGCCAGAAUGGAUAUUUAAUAACAAUCAGAAUCUCUCAGAUUUGCAGAUACACAACUGUCCUGUGUUGAGAGAAUUACCAGAUGGCUUGGACACCCUUAAUUCUUUGGAGAUUUUGUAUAUUUUGAGUUGUGAGAAUCUGAAGUCUAUUGGGAAUCCAAGUGGUGGAGCACGGCAAUCCCAAGGGAUCCUUCAUACACUGAUUAUUGGAGGGUGCGUAGAGCUGACGGAACUGCCGUGUCAAAUGAUAGAGUCAUGGGCCCCUACAAUCUUAUUUCUCAUUUUGAUAGAAUUAAAGAGCCUAAAGAAUCUACCAAUGCUAAUUGACUGUCUAGCCAAAUCAUCUACUCGUCUCUUUGCAUUGAUGAUCACAGGUGUUCCGAAAUUGAUGGGUGCUAGUAGUGGUAGUGUUGAGAGUUGGGAUCUUAGCAGCUUGAUAACAUUAUACAUAGACGUGAGUGUGGGAUGGUCAAGAGAGGAUAGUGAUGGCAUUGCAGAGACUGUGGAAGGGAUGCUGCAAAGAUGCUGCAACUCACUUGCAUGGUUAACUUUGAAGGGGGUGGAAAAUUGGGAGUGGCUGCCCCAAUCAAUUCAAAAUCUCACUCGUCUUUGGAAUUUAACGCUAGAGAAUAUAUUGAUAGAAGAAUUACCCCAAUGGUUGGGGAACUUCUCAUCUCUUAGAGAGUUAUAUCUAUAUAGUUGCAAUAAGUUGAAGUGUCUGCCCUCUGUGGAUGCAAUGAAGCACCUCACUGAAUUAGAAGUGUUAGAUAUUAGAGAUUGCCCGGAACUACGUAUUGAUUUGGAGUGGCGCAACCACCAUCACCAUGUACAAAUCAUGGUCGAUGACCAACCUGUAUGAUGCUGUAGCAACUAGCAAUUAAGUAUUAUUUCUUUUCAUACCUCUGUUUAUAUAUCUCCUGCGGUUUUACAUAUAUUUCCAAAACUACCAAAUUUUUUUAAGUAAGAACCAUCAAAUCUUAGAUAAAUCAAUUGAGAAAUAUUGAUGGUAUAUGAUUUUUGGCGUUAUAGUAUAGUUUGUGUGAAAGAUGUUUCUGUAAAAUUUUUUGUUUGUGAUGUGUACCUUUUUCUUCAUUGUCUUCUUUCAUCAAACGUUGCUAAUAUAUGAAAAUCAUAAAUGUACUAUACUAUUAACUGGAAAAUUAGCUUUUGCAGUGCUAAAUGUACAUAUGCAGUAAGUCAUUCUCUUGUGCUUUAUUUCACUUGCUCUGUAAUGAAGGCAGGUGUUACAUUUAUGACUAUACAACUCGAAUAAUAGAUUCCGAUUCAUCUCUAUAUAUUUCUGUUUUCUGUUACAUUUAUGUUUGCUUGGACAAUUAGGUGUUUUCUGACACUCAGUAGCUGCCCAGAAUGUGAAGAACUCCCGACACUGGGACACUUGCCAAAUCUCAAAUCUCUUAGUUUGAGGAGAUUGAGCAAUGUGAGGUCGACAAAUUCUUCAUUCAACGGGACUGCGAACAGCAAAGGAGUCAUCUUUCCCGCACUUGAAAGUAUCUUACUGUCGAAUAUGGCUGUCUUGAACGAGUGGAAAAUAGAACUUUCCAAUGAAGUGAAGAGUUGGAUAUAAGGCAUUGCUCCAAGUUGAGAGAAUUACCAGAUGGUCUACACGCCCUCAAUCAUUUGGAGCAGAUGAUCAUUAGAGGCUGUUGAGAGCUGACGAAAAUGGUUGAGCCAUUUCCAAGUGGUGGGGGGAGUUUAAGUUCCCUCCGUAGUUUGGAGAUUCGUGAUUGCCAAGAGCUGACAAAAAUAGUGGAGCCAUCAGCGCCUUCGCUCACCAAAGUGUGUGUGGUGGAUCUAAGUAGUGUUCAAAACCUACCCAAGUUUCUUGAUUGCUUGGCCGAAUCACCUUUGCUAGAACAACUGACUGUUGUUAGUGUCCCUGAAGUCACCGUGUCCACUUCUAGUGUCGAAAUCUGGCCAUUUCACAGCUUGAAAAAAUUGGAGAUAGGCGUUAGCAUGCAGUGGUCAGAAGAGAAUCCCGAGGUCAUUAAAGUGAGAGUUGAUGGCAUAUUGAAAAACUGCCACUCACUUUGUGAGCUAUCUUUGACAGGUCUAGAAAUGUGGGAUUCUUUGCCAGACUCAAUGCAACAUUUCAAUGCUCUUUACAGUUUAGAGUUGGAGAAUUUUGGAGUAAAAGCAUUGCCUAAAUGGUUUGGAGGGCUCUCAUCUCUAAAAAGGUUGUGCCUAACAGAUUUUACAAACUUGAGGAGUCUGUAUCCCUCAAUGCAGAGCCUCACCAAAUUACAGGAGUUGCACAUUCGCGAUUGUCCACUGAUACGGAUUGAAUCUGAGAGGCACAAGAUCUUGAAUCGCAGCACCAAUAUCUACGUUAAUGGUCACAAGCUUUAAAUCUGUUGCUCAAUUGUACAGUUUGGGUGACCUCAGAACUUCAACAGGGCAGAUGCAGUUGGCGUCAUCAUUGUCGGUGUCCCAAGUUACCAACGUGCUAAUGAAUUGAGGUCUGGAAUCUUCUAAAUCUUAAUGCUCUGUAAAUAUUUUACCUUGUGCUGUGCACCUUUUUCUUUCAUGAAACUUUGCUAAUAUAUGAGAAUCAUAAAUGAGCCAUACUAAAAACAGGAAAAGUAGCUUUGGCAGUGCUAAAUCAUCCUUCCUCUUGUGCUUUCUUUCACUUGUAUCCCCAAUGAAGGCAGACUAUAAAAAUCGAAUAAUAGAUUUGGAUUCAUUAUUUA